ACAACUUGGUUCUCGUCUGCUUUCAGUCACAUAACAGCGACGUCCGACAGGGGAGGAAAAAGCAACUUUGCCGAAAAUGCCCAGGUCGUUCCUCGUGGAUUCGCUCAUUGUGCGGGACUCGAAUGAAAAAACAUCCCCUGGAGUGUUUGAGAGUAACACACCUUUACUGCCUUACGCUGUGCACCCACCUCAUUCUCUGGCUCUUUCUGCGGGGUCGUGUCAUUCUCGGAAAUCAGGGCUACUCUGUGUGUGUCCGCUGUGUGUUACAGCCUCUCAGCUCCAUCCCGGUCCACCUGGCAUCCCUUUCCUGAAGGCGCAGUUCCCCAACUUCAGCCCACAGUAUUGUCACUCAGCACUGAGCAGGCAUCACAGAGCCAGCGGAGUCACUGUGGACCAUGGACCCAAUAUCUACUCAGCAUCUUACCCCAUGACAGAUCCAAGACAAUUUCACUGUCUUUCCCUUGCUACAGAGACCAGUUCCAGCCAACUACAGAGCAGCAAGAGGAUGCGCACGGCUUUCACCAGCACCCAACUACUAGAGCUGGAGAGAGAGUUCGCCUCUAACAUGUACCUGUCCCGUCUCCGCAGGAUCGAAAUCGCAACCUACCUGAACCUGUCUGAGAAACAAGUGAAAAUCUGGUUUCAGAAUCGUCGGGUCAAGCACAAAAAGGAAGGGAAGAACAGCAGCACGCCCCGCACACCCUCCAACUGCAAAUGCAGCUCUCUCUCAUCUACUCAUUGUACCGAGGAAGAAGAGGAGCUGCCCAUGUCACCUUCAUCGUCCGGAAAAGACGACAGAGACUUGUCUGUCACUCCUUGAACAUCAGUUUGAUAUACAAUGGUUCAGCGCAAUAUGUCCCAGGCUACCAUAGUCUUUCUAUCUCGUCAUUUUAAGAAUCAGACUUUCACUUUUUUAAAAAUAUAUAAAUAAAGUUCUAGUGGGAGAAGAUUAUCCAGAUCCGAAUUUCACAAGCGCACACGUUAAAUUAGUAUUUGACCACUAACAUUGUGACAUGUAUAAGUUGACAUUUUCUGGCUGUGGCUUUUAUAUAAAACAAAGUA